CAAUCGUGCGAGCGUCCCGUUACGUCAUUAAUAUUCAUGAGCCAGGCUCUGGCUCGAGCGCCACGUCGCACAGCGGAGACCCGCGUCGCUGAGAUCAUGGUGAAGAGUGUGAAUUCAGAAGUUCAGUCCAGGAGUGAAACACAUGAAGAAGAAGAAGAACACGCAGAAACCCACCCGUCCACAGAUGGCGGGAAAGAGCACCCUGUGGCUCCGCCCACGAUGAUCUGGCGCGUGACCGGCGGUCUCUUCAGCGCCACGAAGGGCGUGGUCAGAGCCACAGUGGGCGGAGUCACUUGGCUAGGCGGGAAAAGUUUGGAGAUCACCAAAUCAGCAGUGACCGCGGUGCCCUCGUUGGGCGUCGGCCUGGUGAAGGGCGGGGUUUCAGCGGUGGCGGGGGGCGUGUCUACGGUGGGGUCGACAGUAGCCAAUAAAGUUCCGUUCACAGGAAAGAAGAAAGACAAAUCGGAGUGAAGAAGAGGAGGGUUCUAACGAGUCAGUGAUGCUGACUUUCUCUCUUUCUGUUUUGAUUGGUCACCAGAAACGUUGACGGAUAUUUCUGACCAAUCAACGUCCAAGACAUUUGCGCAAAAGGGAGUUUUGUACGUCAUACUGUGGGUUUCUGAUAUAAACAAAUUUGAUCUCAAAGGAAAAUUUUUUUUUCUCGAAUCACAUUUAUCAGUUUGUGCUUCCGUAGCUGUUAAACGAGGUCAUCUGGUUUCUUCUGAAACGUUAUCGGUCGAAUUGUGUUUGUAAAUUCGAUUUGUUUAUUAUUUGAAUAUAAUAAAGUCACGUAAAAG